GCCAAUCUAUUGAAUUUAUCAUUAUAAUAACAAAUGGCUACUUCCAAUGUGUCAACAAUAAUAUAAACAUUUUGAAUUUAAAAAUUAUUAAUGAUUCUAAUUUAAUUUUAUUAUGCAUUGUGUUUGUUUGUGGUUUUUAAUACUUAGUUUUAUAAUACUUUUGAGUAAAUCAUUAGGAGAUAAAAAUGUUGCUCCAAAAUUAAGAUUGAAGAAUGAUACAUUGCAAAACUUGAAUGUUCCUGAUGACAAUUUUCAUUCAAUAAAUUCACUGCAAUCAUUAUCAUUAUCAUCAGCAUCAUUGAAUGAUGAAAAAGAUGAUUCUUCUAAAAAAAGUAUUUCUACAUUUAAUUUACAUGACUACAGUACAACAAAACUAGCACCAGAAUCAUUGUUAAAACGCGAAAACAAAGAAGGAUCAUGCGAGAUUUACGUUGGAGAAACAUGUGCACAAUUUGUGGGUAAUCAAAAAGUAUACAUACCCUAUCCAAUGACCCAAAAAUUAUUAGAAGAAAAACUGAUGCAAGCAUUUGGUGUAAUUAAUAUUUCCAAAGAUUUAUCAGCAAAUUGUGCAGUUUAUGCAAAACCAUCAUUGUGUUACUCAGCUUUUCCAAUAUGCCGAGAUGUUACAAACUCACAAACAACAUCAAGCAUUAGUUCUGAAUCAUUUAAUGCUCUUAAUUCAGAUCCACAAGAUACUACAAGCAUUGAUGAUGAUGAUGAUGAUAAUGGUGAUGAUGAUUUAUCAAAAUCACAAUUAUCAUAUGGUAAAAGUAGAAGAAUAUCACGUCAAUCAAAUUCACAAAUAAAUGAUAAUGAAAAUUUUCUCAGUCGUCAAUAUGAAUUAAUGAAAUUGAAAAAAAAAAAAUUACUUAAUCAAAAAUUACGAAGAAUUUGUAGAAAUGAAUGUGAAUUAUUAGAAAAUGAAUUAUGUAGAAAAGAAUAUGCAAUUGCAAAACGUCAUCCAUUGCUUGGUCAACAAGUACCUCUUGUUGAAUGUUCAGAUUUACCAUUAGCUGAAUCAAAAGAAUCAAAUGAUUGUCUUUCUGUUGGAAUAACAAUUGUUAAUAAUGCACAAGAAAAUGAUUAUUGUUAUUAUAAAAAUGGUGAAACUUACAGAGGAAUUAUAAAAACAAGUGCAACUGGUAAAUCAUGUUUACCUUGGUCAACGCAAUUUAAUUUACAAAUAUCAAAUUAUGUUGAAUCACUUGCUGGUGGACAUUCAUACUGUAGAAAUCCAGGUGGUUAUGAGCCUCAACCUUGGUGUUAUGUUGAUGCAAAUAAUAAAAUGACUAAAGAAUCUUGUAAUAUUCCAAAAUGUACAAUUGACAGAAUAAUUAUGACAUGGAUUUAUCCAGUACUUGGAAUUUUUCUUUUACUUUCAAUAAUUAUUAUUUCAUUUUUUUAUAUACGCUGUUAUAGAGCUAGAAAAUUAUCAAGAAGAAACUCAGAUAAUAAUUUACCAGGAAAAAAAUUAAAUGUACCAUGUGAUCAAAAUAUUUAUGAUGGUAGAACAAACACAAGUCAACCAAUUGAAAUGACAUCAUUGCUUAAUUCAUUAGGAAAUUUAAAUGAUUCAAAAAAUUCAGGAAUAAUAACAAUGACUUCAGUAGAGAGUAGAGUUUCUGCAAAUCAAAUACCUCAAUAUUCACGUGAUGAUGUUGUUUUUAUAAAAGAACUUGGUGAAGGAGCAUUUGGAAAAGUUUACAAAGGUCAAUUAUUUAAAAAAGAAACAGAAGAAAAUAUAUUUGUUGCUGUUAAAACACUUAAAGAAAAUGCAACUCAAAAAACACAAAAUGAUUUUAAACGUGAAGUUGAUCUUAUGACUGAUCUUCGUCAUUCAAAUAUUAUUUGUUUACUUGGUGUUGUAUUGAGAGGUGAACAAAUGUGUAUGUUAUUUGAGUAUAUGACACAUGGUGAUCUUCAUGAAUUUUUAAUAAAUCAUUCACCAAAAGAUUUUAGUAUGAGUUCAAGUAAUGAAAUAUUAGGACAAGCUGAAUUUUUAAAAAUAUCAUCACAAAUUGCUGCAGGAAUGGAGUACUUAGCUGGUAAUCAUUAUGUUCAUCGUGAUUUAGCAGCACGUAAUUGUCUUGUUGGAGAAAAUUUAAUUGUUAAAAUAUCAGAUUUUGGAUUGUCACGUGAUAUUUAUAGCUCAGAUUAUUACAGAGUUCAAUCAAAGAGUUUACUUCCAGUUAGAUGGAUGCCACCAGAAUCAAUUUUAUAUGGUAAAUUUGCAACUGAAUCUGAUAUAUGGAGUUUUGGAGUUGUUUUAUGGGAAAUAUAUAGUUAUGGACUUCAACCAUAUUAUGGUUAUAAUAAUCAAGAAGUUAUUUACAUGAUUAGAUCAAGACAAUUAUUACCAUGUCCAGAAGAUUGUCCAACAAUGAUUUACAGUCUUAUGAUUGAAUGCUGGCAUGAAGUUGCUAAUAGAAGACCAAAUUUUACAGAAAUAUUUAAUCGUCUUAGCAGCUGGUAUGUCAAUCAAACAUAUCUUACAUCACCAAAAAAUUCAAGUAAAAUUGGUUCACCUGUUGUUUUUAUUAACAAUAAAAUUACUGAAUCUCAAGAUAAUAUUAAUAAUCAUACAGAACAAAUUAAUGUCAAUUUAAAUGAUGUUUAUGUUGAGUCUAAAAUAAACAAGCCAUAUCUUUCACCAAAAUUAAAUGUCAUCAAAGUUGUCACAAGCAGUGAUUCAUAGUACAACAAAGCUUUUAGAAUGGAAUUCAUUCUUUCUGAUCAGAUAUCUCUGAUCAUAAUGAGACUGUCCAAGUAAUAAUAUAGACUUUAUUUCAUUAGUGUUAGAUGUUGAUAAAAUUUCUAUUUCUUUUUUUUUUUUCUUUUUCUACUGGCUUUAACAAUUGCCAAAUGAAAAAAUUUCUUGAUUAUUUUACACUUAUUAUUAAACAACACUAGAAUUUUUAAACGUUCAAUUCAAUGUUUUACCAAUUUUAUAUUAUAAAAUAAUUUUUUAAUUUUAAUGUUUUUAUAUUUAACGAAACGAACAAACAAGUACUUACUCUAGUCGCCAA